ACUGGUUAAACACGGAAGAACUCACGAUUGGAGAGCGGAGGCAAGGUCCACGCACCUAUCAAGGGGUGGCGCGACGCGAAGUCUACUGAAAAAAAGUGCUCGGUGGGCCUGCGGUUGCGUGCGAAACGAAGUCGUCGCUGGGAUAUAAUACUAACACGGGGUUGUGAUCAGCACCGCAGCUUCGGAGACGACGCCACAACCAGCCCUGUGUGCUUACGCCCCGAUGUGACAACGUAAGAACUGAGCGUUGUUCGGCAUACUUUGGUCCGACAACAACAUGGCAGACUAUGAGGUCGCGAACGUGCGGAAUCCAGGACAUGCAGCUACUUUGAAGUUCACCAUCGGUCUCUGUUUAUGCUAUACACUAUGUGUAGCAUGUCUGCGCGGGUUUAUUCGAUGGGGAGCCUAUGGUAUUGAUGAUCUCUUCGUGCUACUAUCGGGGAUAUUCGCGCUUAGUUUCUUCGGCAUCGUCUUUGCGUCCAUAUCUGCGGGACUUGGUCACUCGAUAAAUGACCUAGAUCUCAAUUCUGCUACUAUCGAAAAACUCAAUGACUACACGAUAGCUAGCAACGUCCUUUGGAUCAUCUCGCUAUGCGUCUCAAAGGCCGCGAUCGUCGCCAUGCUCUUACGUACGACACAAACUACAUUUCACAGAAGAUCUCAGUACUCUGCUGGUGCUCUGGUAAUUGCUCAGUGUUUAACGUCCAUCCUGCUUCUGACUGUAAAGUGCUCAGCUCAGUACGAACUGGCAUGGAGCAUAACCGCCGCGAACCCCGAGUGUCCCCAGGCGGAGAGAAGAUGGUAUGCCCUAACGGCUCUGGACGUCAUGACGGAGGCUCUUCUACUAUUUCUCCCCAUUCAACUGGUAUGGAACUUGCAGAUGACUUUCCGAACAAAAUUCAUCGUUGUAUCAGCAUUUUGGCUGCGAUUACCAACCCUCUUGUUCUCUGCUCUUCGCCAGAGGGAGAUACUCAGACUUGCUGCUUCGUCCGACAUCCCGCUUGCAGCUGCGAUGGUGGUCAUCUGGCAGGCCAUAGAACUCUCAUUCUCCCUCGCUGCAGCUACAAUCGCUGCGCUCAAGCGAUUCACGGAAUCUCUCAGCACCGGGUUCGGUCAUGGUGAGCUCAUGCGCGUACACGGGUCGUCUCAAGGAUACAAGUUGUCAGCCCGAAGUGCUACAUCGAGAAACACGAGGGAAUCACGGAACAAGCUACCUCGCUCGAAUGCGCACGACAUCUCUAUCGAUACAGUCUCGUCCCAGGAAGAAUCCAGUCUUGAACAACAUGUGACGCGAAUGAAGCUUAGGCCUGAAGCACUUCAGAACACAGCUGUAGUCUCAUCGCCUUCGAAAAACUUAGCCCUUCCCAGUAGGAAAAGAAAUAUGUCAGGAUCAGAGAACAACAUUAUUCGUCAAGAAGUACAGUACUCUGUUCAUUACGACUAGGGAACCGCGUGGCAUUAGCGAUAGUUGGCAAAGCACCCACGCACGUGUUCAGAGUGCCUGGCCAUCGAGAAGGAGCACUUCCGAAGCGCCUUUUUCCAGUUAACACAGCUUCUUUCUCGUGGCGCUGAGAAGGUUUUCGACAACCCAUGCUUCCACAACUCUAGGUGCUUGUUGCAUCUUAGCUGGUUGCCCAGCUCGUUCCUCACUAGGCUAGAUUCCGACUCACGGUCCAGCCUUUGCUAUUUUUUCUUGGGCUGUGCACCAUUCAAGGACUUUGUUAGCCCUCCUUCACACUACAACCCGCCAAGCAUCCAUCUGCCUACAACCUUGAUCACCUUUUUCUCUGCUGCUGCCGAAGCAGCAUGUAAUAUACUGGAGGAUAGUUUGCGAGAUGUGCCCUAGC